AUGCGUCUCCUCAACCUCAUCCUCCUAAGCAUCUUCGCCAUGUGCGUCGCAGGUGCGCCCACAGACUUCGAGUUGCACUCUCCGCUCGCCAUCCCUGUCCCCGGCUCCACGACCUACGACGCAGAUCUCGCCGCAGCGGUCGCUUACGCCCGUUCCCACCCUUCCUCUCGUACAGUUGAGACGUCCGUCACCGCUGUAAAACAAAGGUUAUGCGGCGACUACACUCCUGGCAACAAGCCGGUGUAUUCAACCGGGCUGUUAGUCUGCGGUGAGACAGAUCCAGGCGUGGAAAUGAAGCGAUUCACCAACAGGAUGUGCGGGUUCUGCAUUAUUUUCGACAAACAUCAAUGUCAAGGCAACAUCAUCGGGAACUGGGGAAAGGCUACGCCUCCAAUGGAUCCCCCCGCCGACAAGUCCCAUUGGGCCCAGGGUGGCCAGAGCUAUUUCUGCUAUUAA